CCAAGGUUGUCUUUGCCAUAGCAGCUGAGCACUGAACUUUAAACAAGUACUUAGCUUCCCUACAAGCAGCGCACACAGCACACAGGGCUGUAUGAAGAGGAAAUGGUUUGACACAUGGAUUAUGGGCUGAUCAUCUUUGUGCUCACAGGAGCACUGGUCAAUGUUGCCUCCACCCAAACUCGUCAGUACCACUUUGUGAGCACAACACUGAACUGGACUGAAGCUCAGAGCUUCUGUAGACAGUUCUACACUGACCUGGCCACCGCAGAAAACGCAGCUGAUGCCAGUGCCAUUAUCAGCACCACAUCACACUACACAGGCAAGGCUUGGAUCGGUCUCUACGAUGAUUUGGUAAAAAGCUGGAGAUGGUCCCUGAGUGAUAGCAGCUUCUACAGUGAAGGAGAGACAGAGUUUAGAAACUGGCAUGCUGACCAACCCAACAAUCUUAGAGGACAACAGCAUUGUGUGGAGCUUCUCAGUGGGAGUCCAUAUUUUGGCACUUGGGGUGACUCUGACUGCAGUCUCCAGCGACGCUUUGUGUGCUACAAUGGUACAGUAAGUGGCACAUCAUCCUUUGUUAAGGUCAACACAUAUUCCAAUUGGAACGAAGCUCAGAGGUUCUGCAGGGAGAAUUAUGUCGAUCUAGCCAGUAUACGAAAUCAGGCAGAAAAUGACAUCAUUGAAAACAUGUCAGCUGGCAGCUUUUUGUGGAUCGGUCUGCACCGGGAAAAGCUGUGGUCUGAUGGGAGCUCCUCUCUGUUUCGACACUGGGCCAACGGACAACCAGACUUUAGUGCAGGAGAAUGUGUAACUACAGCGUUCAACGACUCAGGGCGGUGGUCAGAUGAUAACUGUUUCCUCAGUUUCCCAUUCAUCUGUUAUGAAACAAUUCCACCCAAUGCAGAAAGCUUCAGAUCAACAGGACAAGAUGAGACCAGUGUCACUCUGCAGUGGAAUAAAGUCAACAACAAUGUCAGCUUUAUUCUCCAGUUUAAUGGUACACAGAUAAACAUCAGUGCACCAGAUGGAGAUGGACCAGUAACUCACACAGUCUCAUCUCUCACUGCUGGAACUAAAUACACAUUCACUCUCUUCUCUGUGUUUGAGAACGUCAGAAGCAGUGGACUAAACAUCACUGCAGUCACAGCUCCUCUAAAUGCAGAAAGCUUCAGAUCAACAGGACAAGAUGAGACCAGUAUCACUCUGCAGUGGAAUAAAGUCAACAACAAUGUCAGCUUUAUUCUCCAGUUUAAUGGUACACAGAUAAACAUCAGUGCACCAGAUGGAGAUGGACCAGUAACUCACACAGUCUCAUCUCUCACUGCUGGAACUAAAUACACAUUCACUCUCUUCUCUGUGUUUGAGAACGUCAGAAGCAGUGGACUAAACAUCACUGCAGUCACUGGGCCUCAUUAUGUUGUUGGACUGAACAUCAGAUUACAGUCAUUUAUUGAGCUUUCAAAAUCGGACAUAGAGCAUGAAUUAACAGAGCUCUUUAAACAAUACGGACUGCUCCCACAUGUGUUGUCCCUGAAGGUUCGAUCUGUUAAGAGGAAAGAGACCAAGAAUCCAAUUUAAUAUAUUACAGUGA